AUGACACAGAGCAGGUUGAAUAGUACAAAUUGGUCUGAAUUGUGCAAACUCGACAGCGACGGUGAUGGUUUGACGAAUGGUGAAGAGCUAGGCGAUCCGGAAUGCACAUGGACAAACGGCAUGCAGCCAAACAGAACGACCAAUCUCUCACACCCAGGCAUGUGCACACCGAUCGAUAGUGCAACUUGUCUUGACAAGAAUGCUUGUGCAACCACAGACUAUUGCCCAGUUCAGCUUACACCGUUUGCAACUGCCAUGCUCGCUGUCGGGACAUUGGCUAUGGUGUUUGUGACAAUUAUGAAGUUUGCCAGUAAUCGUGAACUGAAGUAUCGCUUGGAAUAUGGUCAUCCGGCACCGGGGCGGUGUUGUAAGAAGUUGCCCUAUAUGAGGCCUGGGUUCUAUUGGGAUACAUGA